AUGCGCAAGACAUCUUACGUAGUUACUUUUCUGGCCGUUGCGGUCACCCUACUCUUGAACAUCCUGUCCAUCACGCGGCCAGACUGGCUGUACGCACAUCCUCCAGAUAUUUUCCACUCCAAGAUUGUGAUCCGCUAUGGUCUCCUUGAGCGCUGCGAACGCCAGAUAAUUGAUUUCCCGGGACCUGGUCAGAGUGGACGAAUCCGCUAUACAGACUACUCGUGCAGACCAUUCCCAAGUCGCAAGGAGGAUGCCUGUGAGGACGAAAACCGCUACUUCUGCACAAUGUGGUGGACUGCUGGUUACGCGGCUGAACUGGGCGUAGCUUUUGGUGCUGCGACACUCAUGGCCGUCCUUAUCGGUGUGAGCACACGGUCGAGAAGACGUAGAAUCUGGAGAGGCGUUGCGGGCUUAGAGGCUCUGCAUGCUUCGUUCAAGAUCAUCACCUUCGCGCUUAUCACGCAUCUCUAUUCCAAGUCUCAUCACCCAUACUUUGAGUUCGCUAGGCCGAGCACUGCCUACAUUCUCAAUACCCUUUCCUGGGUAGCGGACGUUCUGAUCAUCUUCGGCGUUGUAACUACCGGUAUUUCUGCUGACGCUGGUCAUGCAUGGGCUGCAGGCAACAGAGCUUAUAGGCAGAUCUCGGACUCAGAAGAAGAGGGACAGUAA